AUGGCCACCCCAGCGGAUUUAGGCCUUUUUUUUUUAAGCUCUUUUCUUUUGAUCGCAAAACAGAUCGAUUCAUUCGAUCCCCAAAACCAGCAAAACAGACCCAAGCUCCACCGCAACUCUUCGCUCUUCGCCCUCCCCCAAGCCACAGCAGAACAGAUCGAUUCAUUCGAUCCCCAAAACCAGCAAAACAGACCCAAGCGACCGCAGCUCUUCGCUCUUCGCCAUCCUCCAAGCCAUCGCAGCUCCACCGCAGCUCUUCGCUCUUCGCCCUCCCCCAAGCCACCGCAGAACAGAUCGAUUCAUUCGAUCCCCAAAACCAGCAAAACAGACCCAAGCCACUGCAGCUCUUCGCCCUCCCCCAAGCCACCGCAGCUCCACCGCAGCUCUUCGCUCUUCGUCCUCCCCCAAGCCACCGCAGCUCUUCGGCCUUCGCCUUCCCCCAAGCCACCACAGCUCCACCGCAGCUCUUCGCUCUCCGCCCUCCCCCAAGCCACCGCAGCUCCACCGCGUCUCUGCCUCAGACUCCCUCUGCUCCGUGCCUUUGCCUCGAAACGGAGGCGAUAUGAUGCCGGGGAUUGCUGUUGGUGGUGCUGUCCUUAUAGGUUUGGUGAAGCAUGGUGGUCUGGGCCUGGGCGUUUUCCGCUGGUUUUACUGCUUUUGGGGUUCCUUUUCUUGUUUGGACGGUUGCGUUUGCGGUUCCUUUUCUUUCGCUAUGAGACGAUUCCUAUUGAUGAUAAUGCCCAAAUUUGAAGGAUUUACGUGUAUAUCAGCCUUGGGUUAUUGGCUCAAUCUUGAGGUGGAGGUGCGUUGAGAAAAGCAGGAGAGUUGCAGCUUCUGGUAUUUGAGUUGUGGCCUGAAACAUCCGAUUCCAGAGUCAUUGUUCAUGCAUGUAGAUUGCUUCUACGUUCUGGUGUUUGUUUUGUUUUUGUUUUGUAUCCAGUGGUUUGUGUUUUUUCUUAGUGUGAUGCAGCCUGGCCCUAAGUAUGACCCCUAGGACCCCUGCUAUUAGUUUUAUUAUAGUCUUCUUAAAUGUUUUCUGUUUCUGUUAGAAAACAGUCAUGAUCAGUUCAGCAAUAGGAAUCUACAAAGAAACGACGAUUCUAGAUUUUUUUCUUUUCCUAGUUUCCUGCAUCAGCUGUGAUCCAUGAUUUUUAAUAUAUACAUAUAUAUAUGUCAAGAAUAGAAGUUGUUGACACAAUGAAUUUCAUCUGUAUCAUCCCUAUAAUUGAGAAUCAUAAUUAAAUUGUGCACGGAUAUUUGCACAAUAUAAUUAUGAUGUUGUGACUGUUAACUUUUUUUAUUUAUUUUUUAUUUUUCUUUGCACGCUUUGAAUACAUUGUAUUGAAUAUUAAUGUCUAAUGUGUCCAGUAGUGCAGGGAUAAACCGUCUCAUGUCAUACAUAUCUCAUGUCAUAUAUAGUGUUUUAAAUGAUAUACUGUUCUUGCCUUUCUGCAGAAACUAAUCAUUAUGUUUCUCCUG